ACUCUGCUUUGACUCCCGCGUUGGACGCCGCAUCGGUGUUGCCGCUGCUUUCUUGAUCAAGUUGUGCCUAGAGGGCACACGGGACUGGCAGGAUGCCCAAGCGGGCACGCACAAAGAACAACGGUGAGGCAGCGCCGCCUCCACGAGCCUCGCCGCGGGUGGCCAAGCGGCAAAUGUUGAGCGAGCAGUCGUCCGACGAAAACCACACGAUGGUGCGCAAGUGUGAGAAAGUGAGCUGCCAGGAAACUCGGCCCACCUGCUUUGCACGCACGUCCAAGAGGUGCUGUGGUGAUGGCUACACUUCCCGAUGGUACCACCUCUCGUCGGGCGAACAUUUCUGCAACGAGUGCUUCGACUACUACUAUCGCAAUACCAAGCCCGGCUACACGGAGUACUGGAAUUGGCGGGAGCACUGGUCGCGCAAUGCCCGGUCGGAGGCCUCACUUCGCCUUUUCAUGGCUGAUCAGGUCCUGCCUUUCUGGGCGCAGUGCGUGCGCUGCCGCAAGUGGCGUUGCCUACCGAAGGGUGACGACCUCACUUCGCAGGUCGUCGACUCGUUCACCUGUAGUGAUAUCCCAUCGUACGAUGACAGCACGGAAGACACAAAGACGGAUGACUGUUCAGUGCCUGAAGAUCCGAAUGCUGCGGCCGCCAUGCAGCCUCAGUGGAUCUGCACGCUGACGCAGCCUCCGUUUCUCAUCGCAUCCCCGGCGCAGAAGUUCCUGGGCGACUACUUUGCUGAUGGGGUUGGGAUCAGCCCUUCUUCUGAGGGCCCCAAGGCUCCCGAGAAAGGCACACGGCAGCAAAAUGGCUCCAGUGAUACGACCACCACUAGCACCUCUGAAUGCUAUCUUGAGCCAGGGCAGCUGUCACAGCUUCUGCAACCCUUCUAUCGUCCUGGAGAGCAAGGCAAGGCAUUGUGCUUCCACCCGGACAUUAUGGAGACCUACGAGAUGGAUGCCUUCCCCGAGUAUGCGCGAGAACAGGUGAUGUACCUAGGUGUGCGCAACGUAGUACUGGCGCUAUGGGCCCUGCGGCCCCAGGAGUGGCUGGACAUGACUCGGGUGUCACGGCACCUUCUGUGCCGGGGCCUAGCUCGCAUCCGGUGCCUGUUGGAGGCACACAGGAUCCUCCGGUUCUUCACCGCGCGAGGUCUCGUCAAUCACGGCACACUGCCCUCGCCACGUAGCUCUCCGCCGCUGCCGCUGUCAUCUCAGCAGAAGCGUGUGCUGGUUGUGGGUGCGGGCCCUGCUGGCCUGUCAGCAGCACGGCAUCUGCACCGGCUGGGCAUGCAGGUGACAGUGCUUGAGGCCUCCGACCGUAUCGGGGGCCGAGUGCGGGACGACACAUCCUUUGGUGUGUGCGUUGGCAUGGGUGCCCACAUCGUCACGGGCGUCACCAACAGCCCCCUGACAACACUAUGCCUGCAGUCUGGCCAUGGCAUGCGGCUUAUUCGUGACCACUGUGACCUGUACACAACGGCGGGACGCAUGGUGCCAACAGAGUGCGACCGCCGUGUUGAGUUCCAUUUCAAUGCCAUGCUGGAUGCCGUGGCAGAGUGGCGUCUUGGCCAGACCAAGGACAUCUGCCUCUACGACAAACUCAAGGAAAUGCACCAGACCUUCCUGAAAGAAACACGGAUGGAGUUCAGUGAUGAAGAGAGCAAUGUGCUACAGUUCCACAUCGGCAACCUGGAGUACGCGUGUGGUGCCCACCUGCGCGAGGUGUCGGCCCUGCAGUGGGACCAGAAUGAGCGGUUCCCCCAGUUCAGCGGGCAACACGCCCUCGUCCCAGACGGCUUCGGCUGUCUCAUGCAGGCACUGGCUGAGGGCCUCCACAUCCGCUACGGGCACAAGGUGACAGCUAUAGAGUACGGAUCCGAGGAAGGGGGCGUGCGAGUCUUCACGGAGCAGUCUGGUGCCCAAAAUGGCAAGGUUGAGGAAGAAGAGGGGAAGUUCUCGGCCGACUUCGCCCUGGUCACAGUGCCGUUGGCCAUCCUCCAGCGACAGGAAAUCAGCUUCUCACCGCCUCUGCCAAAGGCCAAGACAGAUGCACUGAAAGAGCUGGGGGCAGGUGUCAUUGAAAAGGUGGCCCUCAAGUUCACUCGGCCGUUCUGGUCUGCCGAGGUGAGGUCUGCAGACUUCUUUGGCCACGUGCCAUCGUCACCCGAGCAGCGCGGUCUCUUCAGCGUCUUCUUCGACCUCAGCCCAAGGAUACAGCCCAAGAAGAACCCGACGUAUGUCCUGAUGACCUAUGUGAGUGGCGACGCUAUCGACCUGAUUGCAGACAAGACGGACAAGGAGGUGGUGGCCAUGUGCAUGCACGUGCUGCGCGACAUCUUCCGUGACCAGCAAGUACCUGACCCAAAGGACUACUCUGUGACCCACUGGCGGGAUAGCCCUUACUCACGCAUGGUCUACAGCUACAUGCGCUGCGGGGGCUCAGGCGAUGCUUACAACACCUUGGCUGAGCCGCUGGCUGACCGACUAUUCUUCGCUGGCGAGGGUACAAGUCGAAUGUUCCCACAGACCGUGAGUGGAGCUUACAUGAGCGGACUGCGGGAAGCCUGGAACAUCUUGCGCCGCUUGCCACUGGGCCUCGAGCCUGACUUGUUGCUCGACAUUUGAGGCAGCCACCCGAAUUCAGCUGCCAAGUCAACUGACCGAUGAGGGUCGGCCACUACUCUGGAUGUGUGAGCCUGUUUUGUGUUUCUGUAAGGGGUGUGCGAAUAUUGAAAUUUUGAAUACGAAUCGAAUACGAAUACUUAGCUUCGAAUAUGCAUUGAAUAUUGAAUAAUGAAGAGGUGCAAUUACUGUCCACCAUUAAUCUUUUACUCAAUCAUAUAUUUAGGUUGGAAACAGUAGAAUUGUUAUUAUAGUUAUGUGCGCAUACGUUUGUAUGGUGAUCCAUUAGUGAAAACUGGCGUAGCUAUACAUGAAACGUGUUACCAUCAUACGUCAAGCUGAGCGUGCCCUUAGCUAGUUGCGUGCAGUGCAUCGCCUCCUAAGCUCACUCUAUCAGCACCGCGCUCUGUAACGUAUAUGCAUGCAUUUUCCCUUGCAUAUAGUAGUUUUUUUUUCUUUAAUUCUUUCUUUCUCGGCACCGGAACGGGCAAAGAUGCGAAGACUGUUUUGUCAAGCCAAUGCGGCAGCGGCAAGUUGCCUUCGUUUCCACAAGCGAUACGCACUUGCUGUCCCGUGCACAAGGGCGCGGCAGUGAACGGCGUGGUCAGUACGCUUACAUGAGUCGUAACAGUGCCAAAUUAUUAAGCUACUCAUGAUUUAAAUGGAUUGAGAUGUUUAUCGUUAGUAGGUUUGUCACGAUGAUGUGCCGCCGCAUUCGCUGGUAGCCGUCAUGAUGCUGUCGUGAAUUUCCAGGCAGGCAUCACCAUACUCGCACCGAAGUCGUAGUAAUCAUUGCGUGAUCUACAGAGGCUCUUGGAAUGUGCAAAAUCGUAAGUUCUUCACAAUGAUGUAUGCAAACGAAUAAUCGUGAACAUCUUCGUAUAUUUGAAAUUUUUGAAUAUGUGGUUAUCGAAUCUAAUACGAGUAUUACAAAUGCAAUACAGUCGAACACGGUUGUAUCGAACUCAAAGGGGAUCGCGAAUUAGCUCGAUAUAUGAAAAAUUCAAUAUAAAAAAUUCAGGCCCCGAGAGCUUACCUGUAACGAAUCAUCACCUACAGCAGGCGCAUUCAAGAAUGACAACUAAUUCUGCCCAUACGCCGCAACAGAAUGAUUUAUUUGCAUGAAAAAAAUUGCUUAUCCUGGCCUGAUUCGUAUUUGAAAUGUUGAAGACGCUAGUCUCGAUCUUAUCAAGGCUGUCCAGGUGCGACAGCCCAGUUCCCUUCAUGUGGCUGAUACAACGGCGAAUGACGCCGAACACUGUCACCACAUCAGCGAUGGAGUAUGCGCAUGUAGCCAGCGCCUCGUCCCGACGAUCCUCUUCGUCACAUGAGCUCUCAGCGUGGGCAUCCUGAGUCCUUGCGAUUCCAGCUACUAUGUCCUUGUCAGCGAGGCUCGAAACAACCUGGACAUUGCAGUCCGCUUUCACGAAGUCGUCUGCAGACACUUCGUGGGGAACUGCUGCCAAGAAACGGGACAACAACUCUCGAAAUGCAUCGUCUAUGCGCUCGUCGUCAUCUUCACCGGUUUCGGCAAGUUCUGCCGUCUCGAAGCCUGCCUUGCGGAGCAGUUGACCACUGUGUCCAUCUCCACGUCUCGCCAGGGGUUGACGAUCUCUGCGGGAGAAAACUUACCGGAGAUUUCCGGCCACUCCUUCGCCAUCCACAGCUGGAUGUCAUGGUGCUGACAGCCUCGCUUUCACCAGAAAUGGUUUUGGCAACGAUGUUGUAGCGCUGCUUAAAUCGGUGAAGCUACCCGGUGUUGUCGGCGAACUUGUUUCACCGAGUGCAGCAACAAACCAUUUAGCCAAGGGUCUUGCACUUCUUAAUGCUGGCCAUAGCUACACGAAAAGUCGACAAUUCAAGGAGUCCGCAGCGCCUUUGCAUAACACGCACUCAAUAGAGAAAUGCUGCAUGUGCGGUGGUACGUAGGUAACGCACAAGCGGAAGCAACACAGCACUCGCAAUGUGAUGGCCAGCUACAAGGACAACAGUGAAAGGCGCGAGCUGUGGUUGGCUAAUCGAAACUUGCAAAACAGCAACAAAAAAGUAAAAGAAAAGGCAAAAGGAGGAGGAUGUUGGCUCCUUCGUUCCUGCCGACGGGUAGGCGGAGAAAGAAUGAAAGAGAGUAAGAGAAAUGGAAAAAAAAAAAAAGGCUGUUCCACAAGUUAGAAAUUGUGCAGUCCGAGGCCUCUUGCCCUCACCUUUUUUUUUUUUUUUUUUUUCCGAGCAUUUCGGGUUUUGGUGGAGGCGUGGUGCCGCGCAGAAAUAGCCGGGCGCUGCGAGUGCCAAAGUGCACCUUCCAAGUGUUCAAUAUAUUCGAAGGCGGGCAAAAAUACCGUUCAAUAUCGGAGGAAUUUCAAGGGGAUAACUUACGAGUUUGAUACACGCGAAAAUUCGAUAUAUGUGGGUUUGAUAUAUCCGUGUUCGACUGUAUUCGGCGAAUAUUCAAAACUUUCGAAUAUUCGCACACUCCUAGUAUCUGUGCUUGAGAACAAUGUACGGAUUGCAAAGGCUUCAAAGUUAACUUUUAAGAAGCAGCAGUGUGUUGGUCUCUUUUGUUAACUGUGUUAUUUUAAUUGAGCUAUGAUUACAAGACUUCACCGAGUAGGCUGUCACGAUAUAUGUUUGUUGUCAAAGGUUUCUUUCUGUGUGUAGAGUUAAGAAGAAGGGGAUUUCGAAUAUGAGACAGAAAGCAAGGCAGGACUCAUUUCUUUCCUGUGUGUGCAAGGUGUUUCAACCUUUGGUUGUUAGCAUUUGCUUGCCCAAACAUGCACUUCCGGUUUUGCUCUUGCUUCUAUUUUCAGCAUUGUCACAAAAACGAUAUGACUGUAACACGUGUUGCAGAUGACAAACGCAGACUAGGUGGCAUCCUACUGAAGGUGCUGUGACGAUUAUUUGAAGAGAAGACUGUGCAAUUCAGCAGAACACAGCAUCUGCACUGACUGGCGAUUGUGCAGAUGUAGUGGCUCGCAGGGAAGUCAUCGCUGUGGCUCAUAUACAGCUCAGAGAACAUAACCAAAGGUUUUUCAAGGCUUGGCACACGCGGGCAGUUUCGGUUCCAAGCAGUCUUCCAUUUGAACCGUUGUACCGACCAGUUGCAAGGGUGCUUUGCUUUUGUUCGUGGCUUUUAGUUCACUUUUUGUAGGUUAAUUUAAUUGCAAGUAUGGUGUUAAGCAAUUCCUACGUAUCACGCAGCUUAGAAAGCAACAAUUUUGUAGUGAUCUUGAUAAUUCUGCAUAUUGGAGGAGGAUGCUGCCUCAUCUGAUUGCUAUGAAAAUUCUUGGACACUGUACUUACCAGCCAAUUACGUGGCCAACGUAAAGGCUCUUUUAAUGGUAUUGACACCGCUGCUUUUAUUUGCGACAGCAAUAAAAAGAUUAAUGUUUGUGUCAGUACUCUUAAGUUUUGUUCUAGGUGAACCUGAGACCUGGCAUAGCAUUUUUCAGCUAAGUUUUAUGGAGCCAGUUGGGGCAAAAAUACAAAAAAAAAAGUUUGUCGAGAUCUAUGGCAUCGCAGUUUUGCAACUGCUCAUAUUUAAAUGUGAAAUUUAAUAACAAGGCUGGUUGCAUUUUCUCAUAAUGAGCUUCUCAUAAUGGCUGGGCUAAGGGCAAUAGGGAUAUGAUAAAACAGCUUAUCAGUCUCAAGUUAUUUAGCGCCUAACCUUAGUGUUCUUUUAAGAACACCUCCCCUAACGGCAAAUUUGGGUCUUGCGCAGAAAGUAGUUAAAUGCUGUCAAGGAAAAACUCUGCUAGAAGAAUUUUUCUAGAAUGUUCAUCGGGGGACAAGCUUGAAUAAAUUGAACAGUCUUGUUAUUAUGCCCAUGGCAGGUGAAUGUCGCUGCAACAGUAGAUGCUGUUUCUUUUUGCUUCAGCUAGAGUCUGCAAGUUGCACACCUCUGCGUUCUCCCAUUUCACAGGCGAAGGUGUGCACAAUGUCUGCCUGAUAAGCAUCACCUUUUUCUCUUUUUAUCUCUUCUCUUGUUUUACAUGAUGCUCUUUCCAACGGCGGCAUUGUGCGCUCCACAUAGGAUGAGGACGGCAUUCACAAGCUUUGCUUGGUAAUGAUGCCGAGAAACGACCACCGCAUGGGCAUGUAACUUUCUUUCUCUGAGCACAUCUCUCUCUGAAGAAAAAGAGUGCAUCGUCUAUAGUCCUGAAUUUCAACUAUUGUCAUACUGUCCAUCCUUGUCUUAGUUUGUGGACCCCAUCUCCAUUUACUAAUGUACGUGCCGCGCUUAUCAUUUACAGUACCCAAACCUGAUGAGAAGCUCCUUCGUAAACUUCCCUAGUAAGCAUGAAGUUGCCUACUGAGUUUUCUAUUCAUCUUGCUGGGAGGAAUUGAAGCAUGCGAUGAGCAAGGCACGCUUGUGAAGCAACUGCCUAUUUUCCACCACACUCUUUGUCUUUUGCUUUGUUGUGGUCUGUUUACCAUCCAAUAAUAAACCAUUCAUUGUUGAAGACGUUGAUGCUGGUGUGCCAAAGCAGCAGCAGUAAUGACCUGAUGGACAUUGGAUAUUGCAAGAGUCUCGUUGAAAGGGCAGCUUGAAGGAGAAUUCAUUCUCGCUGUUUUCCUUUUGUACACUCUACGAAAAGAAGUGCCCUAUGACCUGUUUCCCAUUCCUCGAUUACUCAUUUCAUUCAUUAUUUACAUGGCUUUAAUUGCUAUUGUCCAUGUAAUCUGUCUUUUUUUUUUUUUUUUCAUGUUGCACGCAACAAGUGCAUGGCUCUCUACAUUCCCAUUUUGAAUCAUUUCUUAUGCCAUACUUGAUGCAUUCAACUGUGCACUCUUUGAACUGUGCAUUCACAAAGCGUGGAGAAUGCAAGACUCGAUGACUGUGAUAGAUAAGCACUGUUCACUCAUCCACCCUGCCAAAAACGACGGAGUUCUGCACGGCAAAGUAUGCUUAAUGUGAAUGAGGCCCCUGUGCUAUUCAUGCGCCAUUGUCAGUGCACAUGACAAAGCUCUUGUACUUUGUUGGCUCCUCUAUUUACACAAGUGCAGCUUGGUUCCCAUGGUUUUGUAUUCAUUACAGUCAGUGCCCUGUUAAGACAAUAUUUCAGGAACUGUCCUUGAACACUGCUACAAAGAAGAGUUGCCCAUGAAACACUAGUUCCAGUUCAAAGUGUUGUUUAGUAGGUAUUUGAAAGCUCCAAUAAAAGUGCAUGUUUGCGUAAAGCAGUUCAAUGGAAAUAACUUCCCCUUGAUUAUUGGGUUGGCAUAACUUUGCUUCGUGUUGGGCUUAAAUUAAGUCGACAGAGGCAUAUCUGUAAAUGCAAGCACGUAAACCUGUUGUCACAUGUUUACUUGGCGAGGCACUGAGCUAUAGAGUGUGAACGAGCUGUUUAACUGUCACAAAAGACCUUGUGUGAUGCUCAAUGGCUUUUGACCAUGCUUACGCGAUGCAACAGAUUGUUGGAAUUCAGAAGGAAGGGGCAGAGAAAACCAUUGUCGCGUAUGUCUGCUUUCAUGGUACAACAUUUACACUCAUAAUCAUCUGCACAUUUUAGAUUUUUGUUAUGGCACCCGUUUACAGCUUUGUGCUUUUGUUAGGAGAUUGCAUGCAGUCCUCAAUUUUUUGUUCUUACCUUUGCAGUGUGUGUGUAAGCCCUCAUUCACAAAUGACAGCCAUCUUCCUCUCUUCCUCUGCUAUGUGCUGAGUCAUGUGUCAAUGUGCUAUUUUUAUCUGUCUGCUUUGGCCUCACCUUCGCUUCCUUUGUGAAAGAAUGUUGAAGCAAAUGCCACUACCCAAUUGUGUGUGGCCCAUCAACCAUGUAAAUAAAGGUGCCGGUGGGUAUGCUGCUUGCGUAUUUACACCAUCCCCAUGAAAUGUAGAGCUGUGAAUAAUGUUUUUGUAAGCAAGUACACAAUACAUUGUGUAGAGAAGCAAAAAUGAUCUAUGCUACCUCUCAUUGGUAGUGUGGCUGUGUUUCCUGCAUCUGUUUAUAGCACGUGAAGCAUGUUCACUGAGAAGAAUCCGGAAAGCAACAUAAAAAAAAGAGUCAAAAUGAUGACAUACCAUGAAGCCACAUAGCAUGUUGAAAAAGUAGGCACAUCAUCUGUAGCACACCCAAAGUACCACGCAGACUUUACCCACACAAAUAUUGUCCAUUGAUAGCAAACUAUCAAAGCAGUGUCAAUCAUGCACUUGUGUAGUGUGGUAAACAACUACACUCACCAUCAUUAUAACAAAGUUGCAUCUUACACAAAAAUAAGUUCGUUAUAUCCGGAAAUUCGUUAUAGAGGUAUAUUCCUAACAUUAAGGCUGUUUUUAUUUAUUCAGUAUGAGCGACAAUGCAUUAUAUCUGUCUCUAUUAUAUCGAGGUCUGGGUGUAGGACUCAGUUCAAAGCCUAAAAUGAUAAAAAUCCUUCGGGUUGUUGCUGGAGCUAAUGUUUACACAAGUGGUCUUGUUAGUGGCAGCACCUUGAAGAAGACAAUAAAAUCUCGUGUAAACAGCUUUAGCAACACCCCGCAAUACAGUGACUUCUCAAGGUACCCAGAGUGCAAUUCUGGCUGCCAUUAGCUGAUAGCAGACUUAUUGAGUCACUUGGAAUGUUCACUUCAACGUACCAGCACUGUGUAAAAGCAUUAUGUAGAAACUGGGUAGCUUUUUGCAGGGAUUCAACACGUACAACAUCUCAUGAUCGACUAUUGAGUCUUUUUGUGUACUAUUCUAUUAUGUUCUACCAUUGGUUAUGAAUCUACAUGACGUCAGAAGCUGCAGUUGACCUUCCAAGUCAGCUGGAAAUGUAAGGAAUACACUUAUAAAAAAAUGUGUUUUUUUAUCGAUUGGUUCAUUUGACCAUGAAAGUCUUUGUAAAUUUUUUGCUCUUGUUACUACUUGUGCUGAGCUGUGCCGCUUAGAUGUAUUCACAAUAUCUGUGGUCGUUGACAAGAACCAGCAGUUUAGUGAAAAACCAUCGUCAAUUCAUGUCUUGAUAAUGUCCCUUAAUCAUCUUGCGCAUCGCAAGUUUUUCUGUGUUUUUUUUUUUUUCCCUUUUGUUCCCCACAUGAUUUAUUUUUGCAUCAAAUCGCUGUCCCUCCUUACGAGGCACAAAAUGUAUUGCCUUGUAAGGAGGGACAUAUAUGGCCAAAGCAGGAACUGGGCACAGUGACUAUGCUCACAGCACUUGCACAUUGCCUCUGAAAUUUUACAUAUUGAGCUGAAUGAAUUCACUGACCGUGCAGUGUUAAACAAAAAGGAUCAAAGUUGGUAGUGACCCUAAUGGAAACCACCACCCUAGCAUUCUUGGGUCAAUGUUCAAUAUUUGUGUGAUGCUUCCUCACCUAAAGUGACACCAGACAGCACUGUCGAUGUCCUGGAGGAAUGUACUUUGUUGGCACCAAUGUCUUUGCUUCUCAGACACUAUUUAAGGGUUUACUUGGUGUCAGUGUAAGCACAAUUUUUUUUCUAGAUGUGCUGUGCUGUUGUCAUUUUUCGAUCCUGGAAGCAUGGCUGGCAGCAUGAGCAGCCCUAGCCCUAACUUGUACUAGCAAAAUUUGGGCUGGUGACAUCUGCUACUUGUUCUUUUUUUUUUUUAUUGAGCCUGUUAAAGGGACCCCGACACAGUUUUGAUAAUUUUUUGCAAACACGUUGUGCUGUAGGCUAAGUCCUAAGGGUCAUUUACAGACCAAUUUGAGCUCUGUGUGUAAACUGUGUCAUUUAUUACAACACUUUAAAUGGCAAUUUUGGCGAUUUUUUCAGGUCAAUGGAUCUCAAUAAAAUUUACUGGAUGCGUUCAUCUGCACGUGUGCGCCAUUCAUACCAAAUGGCAGGCUUGAGAUUUUCGAAGAUUCUUUUAAAAAUAGUCUUAUAGCUUGCCUCGAAAUGCUCACCUCGCUUGCCAGAAUUAAUGGCGACAUUGUGUGUGUGACGUUGAGUUUUGCCGGGUGGAAGUGACGGAACUGAUGUGCCACUGCAGCGUCUGCUUGUCUGCUAUGGAUUGUGUGGGUUUGGCCGGCGCUUUCUCGGUUGAGCGUGCAAUCUGCUUUUCUAUGUUAGUGGGCGUGUGAUAAUAAGUGGCAAGUGGUGUUGCGUUGUGAGCCACACACGAUUCGCCAUAUAUUCAUCAUAACAGCGUAAGCGUUUUAGCAGAUCGCCGCGAAUGGCGUGCAUAGGUAGUGCCAUAUGGCGGGCAUUAUGUGCUAUCAGGCAGGUUCGGGCAAAUGAUUACGUCACGCAUAAAAGCACACUCAGUGGGGUUUCGGUAUUGCGGUUUUUCGGUAAUGAAAGGUCAUUUUCGAAUUUGUUCAGUUUCAGCUAUCGGGCGCGUGACAAGAGUGUCUCAGGAACAUAAAAUCACCAUUAUUCUGUCAUGGUCAAAAAAUCGCCAGAGUUGGCCUUUGAAGCUGCGAAUCACUGCAGAUCGAUGCGUCUUGGCCAAAUGCGUUUUCAACCACCCGUUCACAGAACAACAUGCUCUGGUAACGCGACGUCACAGAGGCUCCUGGUCUGAUUUACUGUGGAACGUGAGGAAGAUCUACUAGUAUUGUGGCAGCACCUGUCAGAGCAGAUAUCAAGAUAUCAACCACUCUGCUAUCUUUUUCUCUGUUGCCAGACGGUGUGGGUGCUGCCAGGUGCACUGUGUGGUGGUGUUCGGGAUUGUGCGCAAUUAACCUGUCGGCAUACUAUCUAGACUGAGCGAAGCUCAAAUUGUCGAGUGCACAUGUCUCGCGGGUUCAGAAGGCAAAGCAGAGGUGAGAAGGAGGGUAUAAUUGUCCAGAGCGGCCUUGGUACACGACAUGUCGGUAAAUUUGUGGUGCAAAUGGUUUGAUGAUGCUAUCCCUUAACUCUGACAAAACUUCAAAAAACCGUCGCAAGGGUCCCUUUAACUCUACCAACUGCCAUGAAGUAGAAUGUGAACGCCCACAAAUGUGUUAAUGUGUCGCAGCCCAAGUUUUGUGUUUCCUUUCCACAUCAUGAUAAACAGUCACACUUUCGUUGCAAUGUAAAUAAAUCUUCACAGAGCCAACAAA